UCUCUUUGCCCAGAGAGCCUUAUGUAAGAACUCUUCUUGGGAAACAGGAAGUCCAGCUUGCCAAGUUCAGCACAGGGAGUAGUGCAGGCCUGGUUCCAGCACACCCGGCCCAGCCUUAACCCCAGCACCCUGCCAGUUUCUUGUCCCUGGUUCUCUUCCCUGCUGGCCCCUCAACCCCUUUUUCAUCUUCAGUCACCCCUAAGGAGCCUCCUCAGAGAUCCUGCCCAUGACCGAGUCAGAGGCUCUGCCACACUCACCUUCGAAACCUCAAUGCUGCCCAGUUUUUACCCCUUCCCUGCUCCUGGCACCAUGCCCCAUAACCAACCGACCUUCCCUCCUCCAACUCAGGGGCCGUCCCUGGGCUCCUGAGUGCUGGCCGCUCCUUCUGGGUGUCACAGGCCGCUCUGUCCUUCCUAGAUAAUUGGCACCAAAUUCUUCUGAGGCUGGGAGUUGGGGUGGGGGGCAGAGUGACACUAGCUCGGGGGGGGGGGAGCAGGGGUACUAACAGCACCCCUAGUUUGCUUUCUUCCUCUCUCCUUUUUAUUCUCAAGUUCCUUUUUAUUCUUUCCUUGCGUAACUGCGCUCUCCCCUUCUGUGCCUGCCGGUAUUCCCACCCUCCCUGCUACCUCCGGGCCACCUCAUUCCUGAGACCACAGCUGUGGGCAGCAUCCCCAGCUCAUGCCAGCCUCAUCUCCGGGCAACAUGGGGGGCUCAGCCCGAGAGCCAACCCUCUCGGUUGCUCUCUGGUUGAGUUGGGGGGCGGUUCUGGGGGCUGUGACUUGUGCUGUGGCACUACUGAUCCAACAAACAGAGCUGCAAAGUCUGAGGAGGGAGGUGAGCCGGCUGCAGCAGCGGAGCGGAGGACCUUCCCAGAAGCGAGGAGAACGUCCGUGGCAGAGCCUCUGGGAACAGAGUCCUGAUGUCCUGGAAGCCUGGAAGGAUGAGGUGAGAUCUAGGAGGAGAAGAGCAGUGUUCACCCAGAGGCACAAGAAGAAGCACUCAGUUCUGCAUCUUGUUCCCAUUAACAUUACCUCCAAGGUGGACUCUGAUGUGACAGAGGUGAUAUGGCAACCAGCUCUUAGGCGUGGGAGAGGCCUGGAGGCCCAAGGAUGCGUUGUCCGAGUCUGGGACACUGGACUUUAUCUGCUCUAUAGCCAGGUCCUAUUUCAUGAUGUGACGUUCACCAUGGGUCAGGUGGUAUCUCGGGAAAGCCAAGGGAGGCGGGAGAUUCUAUUCCGAUGUAUCCGAAGUAUGCCCUCAGAUCCUAACCGAGCCUACAACAGCUGCUACAGUGCAGGUGUCUUUCAUUUACAUCAAGGGGAUAUUCUCACUGUCAAAAUUCCACGGGCAAACGCAAAACUUAGCCUCUCUCCGCACGGAACCUUCCUGGGGGGGUUUCCGCGGACUGUGCCAAGCCUUGUCCACUCGACGGAGUCCACUGGAAUGCAUCCAGAACAGCACCACCACCUAGCGGCAGCUUGAGGAAAGAAUACAGCCUCUGCUAGGAAGCCCGGGUCUCUUGGCCACGCCUCUUCAAGUGUCCUCUGCUUUAAUUUACAAGAAUCCUGUUUUCCCUUU